AUGGAUGACGUGGGAUUGCGCGCGCUGCGCGCGUUCUCGCGGCGCGCCGAGGCGCGGGACGCGCGGGACGCGCGCGAGCGCGACGGCGAGGCGUCGACGACGUCGACGCCGCGGGCGACGUCGACGCCGCAGGCGACGGUGACGUACCUGCGGUUGCACGCGGAGGAGGACUUCACCGUCGGCGCGUUCGUCUUCGAGCGCGGACAGACGAUACCGCUGCACAACCAUCCGGGAAUGACGGUGCUCAUGCGGUGCCUGUUCGGGGAGACGCGCGUGAAGGCGUACGAUUUGAUCGACGACGCGCCGAGGUUGUCGACGCGCGACGCGCACGCCGCGCGGGGGGGGGAACACGAAGCGCGCGAUUGCGUCGACGAGGUGAUGUCGGCGGCGAACGGCGCGCGAGGGGCGACGAGAAUUUUGUAUCCGAGGAGGGCGAACGUGCACACGCUGUCGGCGCUGUCGGCGUGCGCGGUGCUCGAGGUGCAAACGCCGCCGUACAGAGUGGGACAGGGACGGGAUUGUCAUUAUUUCGAGUUGGUGCGCGACGGCGCGAAAACGGGGCAGAAUUCGAUUCUGCGGGAAACCGCGCCGCCUCCCGACUUCGUCUGUGGGACGUUUCGCGACGAUGAAGAUGACGACGUAGAGUUAGAGUAG